AUGAAAAAGCCCUCCCCCAGCCCUAGUCCUGCCCCUCCCUGCCCGGCCCUGCCUGUCCCGCGCACCUGCGCACACCCGGAAGCGGCUCCUCGCGCCGCGUCUCUUCCCCUGCUCUCUCCUAGGAGGCGAGGGAACGACCACGCUCCCCGGUACCCUACCGCCCGACGCCUUGUUCUCCAAACACGUCCACUCGACGCUGCGCACCGCCGCGCACGCAUCGCACGAGCGCACAUUGUCCUGAAGACCAUGAAAAUUCUGAAUCCCUAUCGGCACUUAUCUGAUGAUCUGAAGAGCUCUGAAGGCCUGCGGCAAGUCUCACCAGGUCGUUCAGGCUCUCAGCAGACACGACAAAGUGCUGAUGUGGCGUCACCCGGUAAGUUCCCCGCAAUCGAAGCACAUACUCUCAGCAACUGUGGCUGCGUUCCGUUGUUCGAUGCGCAUCUAACUCGGCGGAGCAUGUAUCACUUUACAGCCCUUUCUUCCCCAGACAAACUACCACCUUCAUCGGUCUCUUCGCAGCUUGACGAGGAACUCUUACAGCCACCCGCAAAGAGACGACGUAUUUCCUCGUCUUCAUUGAGCGACGCAGAAGACGACGAGGACGAGAACAGGCCUCUUGCAUCCCGAAUGGUGGGGACACACGUUUCCAGCAACGGCACUCGUCCGCAUGGAAGACGCAGCGGCAAGAAGGCGUCGAGUAUGAAGUCAAAAGCACAGACUGCUCCGGCGUCAAUACCGCCACCCACAGGCGAGCAACAAGCAGAGAUGAACGGGGAGUUUUUGCAGCUGAACGGACACGAGCCACCGGUCAAAAUGGAAGACCAAUUAGACGAAGGGCAGCUGGAUCUGUUAGCAACAGGCGUAACCGUCGACACAGCCAGUGCAGCUACGAUCUCUCCUCCCCUGAAACCAGAGAAAAUCUCGGCAAAGGAGCUGCGAAAGGGUGUGAUCAAGAUCCUACCUAUCGAGAAUGAUGGGCAGCCGCGAUCGUUCGUCAUCCUGACGAACCUGAAGAUGCUGUUCCAGAAACAGCUACCUGUGAUGCCCCGCGAAUACAUCGAUCGCCUGGUUUACGACUCCAACUCGAAAUGUCUCGCCAUCUGCAAACGAGGAUAUAAAGUCGUGGGCGGAAUUUGCUACCGGCCGUUCCCCCAUCGCGGCUUCGCCAAAAUCGCUUUUUUCGCGACGGCAUCAGCAGAUCAAGUCAAGCUCAUAUCCGACGGACCUACCCCCGACAUGAUGCAUUUUCUGACAUACGCAGAUAACUUCGCAGUUGGGUAUUUCAAGAAGCAAGGUUUCUCAAAGAACAUCACGCUUGAUCGGGCCAUAUGGGCAGGUUAUAUCAAGGACUACGAGGGUGGAACGAUCAUGCAAUGCACGAUGCUACGAAAGGUCGAUUACCUCGCCACGAAAGAGAUCGUAGCACAGCAGAGGGAAGCGAUCUUGGCAAAGAUCAGGCAGAUGUCGAAGAAUCAUAUUGUGUACGAGGGGCUGCCACAGUUUCAGGAUGGGAAGGGGGAAGGGCUCGUCAUCGAUCCCAAGGACGUGCCAGGUUUGAGGGAGAGCGGGUGGAUACCCAAUAUGAAUGUUCCUGCACGCCCCUCGACUAAGAAUUUUGAGCGCAGCGCAAUGGAAUCUAUCCUGUCAGACUUGCAGGCCCACCCUCAGGCCUGGCCCUUCAAGGAACCUGUCAACGCUCAGGAGGUGCCGGAUGACUACGAUGUGAUUCAAAAUCCGACGGAUUUCUCUACCAUGGAGCACAAACUCGAGACGGGGCAAUAUGCGGAUCUCGACUCGUUCAUUGUAGACGCUCAGCUGGUGUUCGAGAACGCUAAGGUAUACAACCCCGAGGAUACCAUCUAUUAUAAGGGCGCGGCUAAGAUGGAACGAGUACUGAUGGAUCAUGUCAGUCGUGUGCGCGAAAUCAGUUGA